AUCCAUUGCCUUUUUUGGAUUGAUCGUGGUACAUUAAAAAUUAUAUAUAUCCAGUUUUCGCGUGUUCGGUGCAAAAUUUUCGGCCGGCUAGGCGUUAGUUGCAUCGCGAACGGUGUGGUCGUAUGUAGGUUUUAGGUUAACAUUGUGAUCCCGACGUGUGACGUCUCCCUCAGCGUGUGUUAAGUCGUCCUGUAGACCGUAUCCUAUGUGUGGUGUGUGCGUGCGUGCGUCCGGGUGUUAACCGUGUGUGCCGAUCCAUGACGUGGAGCAUCGAUAUUUUUCGAUAAAGAAUCAAACGAAAUAGUACAACGCGGGCUUAAACGCAAAGGUGUUUGAAGAAAGUGAAACGACCGGAACGGUAUUUGAUAGCGCACUUGUUCGCAAUAGUGAAGAUUAUCGUCGGCGAUCGUCGUCGUGGUGGCACCGGCAAACGGUAGUGAACAUCGGCGACCAGCAAGAUGUCGUUUCGUGUGGUGAGAAGUUCCAAGUUCCGGCACGUGUACGGGCAGGCGCUGAAGCGCGAACAGUGCUACGACAAUAUUCGCGUGUCGAAGAGUAGCUGGGACUCGACGUUCUGCGCGGUCAAUCCGAAGUUCCUGGCCAUCAUCGUCGAGUCGGCCGGGGGCGGUGCCUUCAUCGUGUUGCCCCACAAUAAGGUCGGACGCAUAGCGGCGGAUCAUGCGCUGGUGGGUGGACACAAGGGCCCGGUCCUGGAUAUCGCCUGGUGUCCGCACAACGACAAUGUCAUCGCAUCUGGGUCAGAGGAUUGCGUCGUGAAGGUAUGGCAAAUCCCAGACGGAGGCCUUUCACGAACGCUCACGGAACCGGUGGUCGACCUGGUGUACCAUCAGCGGCGCGUUGGCCUCGUCCUGUGGCACCCGUCCGCCCUGAACGUGCUGCUGACGGCCGGCUCGGACAACCUGAUCGUCGUGUGGAACGUUGGCACGGGGGAGGUGCUGGUGCGCAUGGACUGCCACCCGGACACGAUCUACAGUGCGUGCUGGAACUGGGACGGCUCGCAGCUGGUGACGACGUGCAAGGACAAGAAGAUCCGCAUCCUGAACCCGCGCAACGGCGAGGUGCUGAACGAGGCGCUGGCGCACGAGGGUUCGAAGGCGACGCGUGCCAUCUUCCUGCGGCACGGGCUGAUCUUUACCACCGGCUUCAAUCGGUCGUCGGAGCGGCAGUACUCGCUGCGGGCACCGGACGCGCUCGGCGACCCGAUCGUGAUGGUCGACCUGGACACGUCGAACGGCGUCAUGUUCCCGCUGUACGACCCGGACACCAACCUGAUCUACCUGUGCGGAAAGGGUGACUCCGUCAUCCGUUACUUCGAGGUGACGCCCGAGCAGCCGUUCGUGCACUACAUCAAUCAGUUCCAGACGCCGGACUCGCAGCGCGCCAUCGGCAUGAUGCCGAAGCGGGGUUGCGACGUGAGCACGUGCGAGGUCGCGCGGUUCUACCGGCUCAACAAUAGCGGCCUGUGUCAGGUGAUCUCGAUGACGGUGCCACGCAAAAGCGAGCUGUUCCAGGAGGAUCUCUACCCGGACACGCUGGCCGACGAGGCGUCCAUCUCGGCGGAGGACUGGAUCGGGGGUUCCGAUGUCGACCCGCAGCUCAUCUCGCUGAAGGGCGGCUACGUGUCGCAGGCGCAGAGCACCCAGCUGACGGUGACCAAGAAGUCGAACGUGCUGGACAAGAUGGCCCCGAAGGCGGGCGUCGGUGGUGGCGGUGGCGGUGGCGGCGGCCCCAAGUCGGCCCUCUCGGCACCGGGAUCGGCGGGCGCCUCGGCCAACGGGUCACCGGUGACGGUCAACAAUGGUACCAGCGGUGGUGGCAGCACAUCCCCGGCCAACAAUGGAACGCAACAGAUCACGAUUGGUGGCGUAUCGGAGCAACAGUUCGGCGAGCUGAGGACAAAGUUCGAGGAGGAAUUCCGCAAGCUGAAGGCAAUCAUUGUGAAGCACGAAAAUCGGAUCCGGUCGCUCGAGGCCACGGUGAAAGCGAUGACCGACCGGGGGCUUACGGACGCGGUGGACGGUGGCCUAGCACCUGCAGCACCUUCUGCCACCUCGUCGUCCCCUGCGCCACCGUCCUCGCUCCCCCCAAGCACAGACGAUGCGACGCAUCAGCAGCAGAACGCGGAUGAUGGAGGCCACUACCACAACACCAGUGUUGGCCUGGAAGGAGUCUAGAACGGGGGAGGGUCCACGAGAACAACCCCCCACCCAUCCACGAGGGAGUUUUGGAAGUAGCUGCAAACCUCCCCGCCCCCAUUUUGUCUCUCCUUCUCUUUGCUCCAAAAACCCUCUGCUUACCUCAUAAAGCCGGCACAGUGGCGGCAUUCGUCCCAUUUCCUUUGCAUGGUGAGGUCUUAGGUCUUUAGUCUUAGCUUUCCUACCCUGCUCCAGACCCUCCCGGAUAUUAGGUACUAGAAGCAGCUUCCUUUUGAUUUUGCCAAACGUUGCGAACACAACGCGUCCUGAAAAGAAAGGAAGAGAUAAAACCGAAGUAUAAGAAAUACGAACAAAAAAAGAACACAAAACUAGAUGCACCCCAACCGUAUCUGCCCCGUCUCUGACACGUUGUUCGUUGAUGGGCCUAUAGAGUUUGUAAAUUAAUUGCCUGCCACAGCAGAACGCAGGCGGGACAGGUGGUUGCGAUUGACAUGGUGGAACAAGAGAGCGGGAGAGCGCACAUUUUGAAACAUCCCGCAGUAGCAGGGAUUGCCUUAUGCUGGCAGGCGGUGUGUAAAUGGCAAAGCAAACAGAUUAACUUAUCAAAGUAAUGAAACGAACGCAACAACUAUCAACUCACAUCCUUCUGGCGGUAGGAAUUGACGAAUGCCUUUCGCUCGUUUGCCGGAAGACGUAUCGGCACCGGCUGGAUAUGGAGGAAGUGAAUUGCACGACAGAACUGCGAAUCAAGCAUACUAAUGUUAAACAUCACAAAACAAGAAAACAAUGCCUUCAUAUGUAGGACAGCAAACCGUGUGCUUCAAGCUGCGCUGAUAGAAAGAAAGAGAUUUUGUACUUGUAAUGUAUGUUUUUUAUACUAACUUUUUUGUGUCUCCACUGCGGCGGCCUUGGAGAUGAAAGCAUUCAGUCGUCAUCGUCGACGCACAUGCCUUUAGCCUAGCACACAUGCCUCUGAGGGGGAGCCCUUGAUCGAGUGUGACGAUUGAUCGAAUUUGAGCGAUAAGAAACAAUAACACAAAAAUAACGACAGACGGUUACGUAUUAGAAACUAGUGCUUGGGUUGGCUGGCGGGGAAGCAGGGAAGAGACGCGAAUGUGCGUCGUGUAUUCCUCUCUAUUAUUUCUUUUCUUCAUUGCGCUUUCGGUUUUGUUGUUCGGGCACAAAUUCGAACAGAGAAAACGUAGGAAUGAUCCAUUUUUGGCCAAUAAGAAACAAUUAUAAAUGAGCUUCGAAACCCGAGAACUGAUACUAAAUAAAAACAACACACACACACACAGAAGAAGCAAAACAUAGAUAGGAAAACUUUGCUAAAGAAAAAUGAACAAAAAACAUAACAAACAAAAGAUAGAGAAAAGAUCAAUACAAACAGGACGGUUUAGGUGUUGGGCCUUCCUUUAGCGAGGAGAAAAGCGACUUUGCAAGCCAGGAUCCAGCAAAACUGUCGAACUUUUGACACGAAAAAAAGAACCCGCGCAAGGAGAAAGAUGUAAAAGAAUACAAGAAGAAACAUGCCCGAGGCGAACGUUGGCCGUAUAGGACCAUCAUGCCGGAGCGGAGCAAAUGUAAGGAGCGAAAAUUGGAUGAAUGAUCGGUGCGAUGCGAUUCAUACUUAUUAUUAAAUUAAUUCUUAUUACUUGUUUUUAUGAUUAGAUAAAUCAAACAAACAAAGAGAGAAAACGAGCAAAACACUGAAACAAAGGUAUAUUA